AUGAAAACGGCAUUAAUUCUAGCUGUCUCAUUGGUUUUCUGUCAUUUGAUUCCAUCAGAUGGCGGACAAUGUCAGAUGGGAUGGUCCCCCUUGUACCCGUACUGCUACAAGGCUUUCCAUCAGAGAGCAAUAUUUGGAGAAGCUGAGGGAAUAUGUACAGCUAAUUCAGCCCAUUUGGUAUCAAUCCAUUCUCUCGAAGAGAAUGACCAUGUUAAAAUGUUGACUAAAACCGGACAUCUUCCAGUUUCUUAUUGGGAAAACUAUAUUCGGAUUGGAUUGUUCUACAACACGGCCACUAAUCUUUGGGCAUGGACAGAUGGUUCUCCCACUUCAUAUUUAAAUUGGGCACCGAGAGCACCAGAGUAUAUGUAUAACAUGCAGUAUCACGCCGCUCUAAUGCCUGAUCGUUCAUACAAUGAUUCUGAUUACAACAAAGAGGGCGGACAAUGGUAUAACAUCCAAAAUUGGCCAACGAGAGCUUUUGUUUGCAAAAAACUUAAUUAUGAGCACAAAAAUAAUAAUAAAAUAUAA